AACGUUGUGUGUUACAACUUGUCAGACAUUUUUUGGCUAACAGUGUGUUCCAAUUCUGGAAUUUGUGCCAGCCAAAUUCAUGUCGCCUGUCGGGAUGGAAAGGUGGACCAAGCGCUGUCGUUGGGCUUUCUGCUGUGUUGGGUGGCUGGAGAUCUCACAAAUCUGAUAGGCUGCUAUUUAACAAAUCAACUGCCAAUUCAGGUAAUCU